UUCUUCUCCCACGAGCUCUCUCUGUCUCUCUCACUGGUUUUCUCCACUCCCCCGGCCUUCAUUUCAUUUCCCUUCUUGACCAAAAAUCCACCCCCUUUUCAGUGCUGGAGGUACCGGGGAUGGCCUUCAAGCAGGUCUUCUACGCCCUGCGUGAGGUUUUCCCACAGGUUGAUCUUCGAAUACUGAAGGCUGUAGCCAGUCAAUAUUCCUCUGAUGUCGAUGCAGCUGUCGGAUUUGUUUAUUCCGAUGUCCUUCCAGCAGUAAGCGAACCUACUGAAACACAUUAUACACUCCAAGAUAUUGAUUAUGCCGAACACGAUCAUACUGAUUCCAAGAAGCUUAACUUGCACUCUGGAAGGAUCUCAUUGGUGGAUAUAGGAGCUCAAGAGGAUGUUAGUGUCCUAUUUGGUGCGUCAGCUGAGAACAGCCACACUGUUGGCGAAUGCAAUCCAUUUUUAGAGUACGAUGAUGGACCAUUCUGCAGUAACAAAAAAAUAGAAAAUUGUUCCCAGAUUGAGGAUAAGGUGGUUAUAAAUGAAACAAGAAUUCCUACAACAGCAAUGAACAGUCUUCUUCAGGAGCAGUAUUUUCAGGUUGAAUCGUCACUGACAUCUGAAACGGAGCCACACAUGAUAGAGUAUGCGCAGUCUGCUUCAGGAGGAUGCAAUGAUCAUUGUGCCUCCAAAAAGGAUAAAGUAACUCCAGAGACUGAACAUAUAGGCAACCUCAAGCAGUAUAACGAUAAUUUUGAGUUCUCAGAUUUGUUUGCCUCUUCUGGGAGUAUGUUGCCAUUAUUUAUGGAGAGCUCUUCAGGUUGUGCAGUGAAACAUGAAGAGCAAAUGCCUCUGAAACCUUCUAAUGCCGUAAGUGGACAUGAUAUCGCCAGUUCAGAAGAUAAUUGUUGCUUGGAAACCUUGUUUGUGAAUUUUCACUCAAAUGAAGACAGGGAGACAUCAAAUAGCUUGCUGGAUGCUCCAACUGUCCAUACACUGUCCAAAGCAAAGGACAAUUAUGACUUGCAAGUUUUGUUUGAAAAUAUUGAUACUACUGGAAAAGAGUCGGGCGUGCUCUGUACUGCAGAAAAUCCCCCAGAACUCAACAAUUUGGCAAACGAUGGUAGUUUCCACAAUUUAUUUGCCGAACUAUGCACAGUUGACAAGACAACAGAAGUACCUUCGAAUUUUCCUGGGAAAGGUGGCUCCGAUAUAGUUCAUAAGGAACAACAAACUUUAAUACAUUCCAAUAAUUGUGGAGCUUUUACUGGUACAUGGAAUUUCAAUGAUGAUAAACAUUUUGUAUGCCCAAUUGUUGAGCUUGAUGCAUUUCGGCCUAAUGAAGAAUGGAAGAUGCCUGGUGCACAUAAAAGUGAGGGAAUUCUCGAUAUCUCUACUCAUUCAUAUCAUAUCACUGAUUUAAACAAGAAUAUUUCUGAUACCACUAAAAGCAAGGAAUUAUUGACUUCUUUGUAUGAAUCAACUAUCAUGAAGAUGAAGGAGGUGGAGCUUCAGGAAGAAAAUUCUCGACUAGCAAAACAGAAUGCUAACAAGGCACAUCAAAAUUAUCUUGCCAUGGUAGAUAACUUUAAUCAGCUCAUUGAGAAUUCCAAAGAGUCCAAUGAUAAGCAAGCUCAAGUAGUGGGUGAAGAAAAAUGUUUGUUGGUGGCUCUAACUCAGGACCUUCAGUCUCGACUUACCAAAAUAUCUGCUCAAAGAGAUGAAGCGCUUACAACUGUUCAGGAGAUUAAAUGUGAACUAGAUGCACGUCUAGCAACUUCGAUGGAAGAAGAAGCUACAGCCCUAGAGGACAUUAUGCAAAAGGAGAAAGUAGCUCUAUUGGUGCGUAAUGACAAGGAAGCUACAAUGCGGAGCAUAAUGGAGGAGUCAAGAAAUCUCCAAAAGGAAGCCGAAGAAAACAUUUUGUUGAGAGGACUAUUGUUGGACCAGGGCCGCCUCAUUGAUAUCAUGCAAGGAGAAAUAUCAAGUAUCCAUGCAAAUGUUGUAGCAAUGAAAGAGAGAACCCGUGGAAGCAAGCUGAUAUCAGCCUUGGUGUUAACUAGCUGCUCAGCUAAUUCUUACCACAAGGAUGAUUGCAAGAGUGCAUCUGUUGACACAGACUGGCCUAUGGGGAACGGCUAUAACAGCAAUGGUCUGCCUCAGGAGGAGAUUACAAGGAGCCUUGCUAAGGACCACACCACAUCGUCGGAUGACGACGAAGGAUGGGAGGUGCUGGAAACAGAGAAUGCCUAGAGUGGUUCAAUCCAAUGUUCAAUCACAUUUUUCUCAAUAAGAUGGCAGAGUCUUGGCUAACCCAAAAUUAUGUGCUAAGCAACAGAAUGUACAGCCCCACUAGUGCAUGGGGCAGAUUCAUGCACCCAACUGCUACUGUUGGAAGAUUGAACCUCCAAAAUAUGCAGGUGUUUGGUUCUUGCGCCUUGUAAUUAUACAAAUAUGCAAAUAUAGAUGUAUCAGUGUUUACUGUUGUAAUUAAACUUGCUUGUAAUCUAUAAUCAUGUAAAUAAAUAUAAAAUCAUGUGACUGUUUGUACAGAACCGAGUGUAUGUAUCAUUACAUACUGGAAAAGAAUGUGAUUCCAAUGUA